CUUUGCAAAGUGGUUUUUUGUUUGUUUGUUUUUUUGUUUUUUGUUUUUUUGUUUCUUUCUUUCGUUUUGCACUGCACUGCUGCUUUGCUGUUUGAUGGAUGUGCGCACUUUGCUUGUUUCGCCCACUCGUCCAUACGCAACCAAGUGCAUCUACACACGCGCACGCACUUUAUUCAGGGGAUACGGGUGGAUUCAACGCCGCUCAGAAGCAGCAAAAACCCGGAAUUCUCAGAGAGCAAAUUGUCAACGCUCCUCCUCCUCCUCCUCCUUUCUUCUCCUUUUCCCCUUUCCCCUUCCCCCUUUCCGAACAACUCUCCGAUGAUGCAUUCGCGCAGCCAUUCAGGCCAAGCCCGCAAGUCUCAUUCGUUCUCAGUCUUGUUCUUCUUGUUCCUUCCCGUUCUUCUUCUCCUUCUCCUUCUCCUUCUUCUUCUUCUGGGCUUCUGCGCUGCUCCGGCGAUGGCGGCGAGCGUUGCAGUCACUGUCGGUGACUACCGCAAUUCCAGCAGCCCGGCUGGCGACGACAACGCCAGCAGUCUGAGCGGCGGUCUGAGCGGCAAUCCUUCACUCUUUGCAUGGCUCGCUUCCUGCGCCCACCUCGUCACCCGCCGCGUCUUCCUCUCGCGCGGCGUUGCUGCUGCCUUCCUCGUGCUCUUCAUCAUUGCAGGGGCUGCGCUGCUCGCUGGGUCGCCGCCGUCGUCGUCGACUUCGGGCAGCACCGCAAACGGCGGCGACGUGUCCUGGACGACAGAUGACGCGGCUCGCUCGUCCGCCAGCCUCAACAACGGGGCCAAUGUGGAUGGCGGUGCAGCGUCCGGCGAGGUCCAUGCGCCCUCGCUGCGGCUGCUCGUCGACCAUCUGCGGCUGCGGCAGGGCGGCAAGCUUGUUCACAUCGACUUCGAGCACGACGUCCCGCCGCGGUUCCAGGCGCCGUCCGUCAGCCCGGACGACUAUGGCAAGUUCGUCCUCGCAGAGACGAUGGAUGGCGUUGCGGUGGCCGCACAGGACGUUGCGGACGCAGGUGGCGCCGUCCCAGUCAGGGCGUCCACAACGACACGCAUCGCUUCACUCCCUGCAUCCAGCAAGUGCUCAGGUGGACUUCCAGCUGUCGAGAAUGUCAGCGAUCUGCCGGCUUUGCUGGACGCUUGGAAGGCAUGCGUGGUUACAGCCGGCUCCCUCUCCAAGGAUGCGGAAUUUGUCGAAUACAAAAACCCUCAAGGCGAUGAAGCCAUCUUGCAUGCCAUUGCAACGCGGAUGAUUGCCGUCACGAAACGGACCUCAAGACAGCUCCAUUUCCCAGAACCGCUGGUUGAAAAGGUCAAAGGAUGGCUGGGAAACAAGCCCGAACUCUUUGACGCCAUGCAAACGCAGCCGUUCGUCUCAAUCGCCAACCAGUUUACGGACGACCACGCUCUGUUCUCUCCACUUCGUGGCCAGCGCCCAGGGACUCGUGGAGACCCUGAUCAGAUUGCCAAGUAUGUGCAACAGUUGGUUGAUGAAACGCAACCCACGUGCGACUUUUGCAACCCGCUGCAGAUGACGGCGUCCGACUCGUUCGGGCGCAUUGAAUCGACCUACGCCCACACAGCCUCCAAUGCGUUCAAGUACGAAGUGUUUCACGGCCUUGCAUUGCUCAAAACACACCAUCCUCUCAAGUUCGACGAGCCCGCGUUUGUUGAUUUGAUGCAAAUUUCCAUGCGCUGGUUUGGCAAAGUGUACAAGGCUGAUCGCGCCUUCCGCUUCCCACACCUCAUGUGGGACAUUUUGCCGAAAGCCAGUGCCAGCCAAGUGCACCCGCAUGUCCAGUUGAGCAUGGCUCCUGAUCGAUAUUAUGGUCGCUUCCAAGAGCUUGCCAACACGCUGGAACUGUACAAUAUCAUUUCCCGAAAUUCACCAGAAUCGUUCUCGCACAACUACUUUACGGAUCUCGCGGCCGUCCAUACCGCCCUGGGCCUGGGUGUUCGAUUGGGAAGCGCUGUGCUUCUUGUCAGUCUCACACCCACAAAGGAGGCUGAAGUCAUGCUGCUGGCGCCCGAGCCCAACAUUGACCUCUUCCGUCUCACAUACUACACGCUGCGGGCGUUUAUCGACGACUUGGCCAACCCCGCACUCUCCAUUGCCAUGUCGUUUGCUCCGCUGGGCGAUGAACCAGAUGCCAACGGCCAGGCACAAGGGACGUCUGGCCCCUUGCAGUCCUUCCCAGCCAUUGUUCGCAUCAUUGAGCGCGGCCAUCCGGCCGGUCCGCGCAGCGACGUCUCUGCCAUGGAGCUGUUUGGCGCGCCCAACAUUUCGACUGACGUGUUUUAUCUGAUGGCUCAACUGCGCAAGUCCAUCAAGCGACAGCUUGCCAGUCGUGCAUGAUGAAGGAGGUUGUUGGAUGGAUUUUUUGGAUCGAUUUUUUGGUACUGGUAUUUCGUGGUAUGGAGCAGCUGCAACAACACAAAGACAGCUGUAUUGAAUGAUGAAUUGAUUUUCGAUUUCCUCGCUACAACCCUACAAAGUUGAAGCAC